AGGGCUCGGGGGGCGGGCGCGAUUGGCUGAGGCGGGCCGCGUGCUGACGUCAGAGCGCGGCGCGAGCGGCUGCGUGAGUGAGGGCCGGCGGCGCUGAGGGGACGCCAUGAGCAAGGCGCACCCGCCAGAGCUGAAGAAGUUCAUGGACAAGAAGCUCUCAUUGAAGCUGAACGGCGGCCGCCACGUGCAGGGCAUUCUGCGGGGCUUCGAUCCCUUCAUGAACCUGGUCAUCGAUGAGUGCGUGGAGAUGGCGCAGGGAGGGCAGCAGAACAACAUCGGCAUGGUGGUAAUACGAGGGAACAGCAUCAUCAUGCUGGAAGCUUUGGAGCGAGUGUAGAGCCAGUGAAACCCGCUGUGACGAGACCGAACCCGCCCUGUUUUGUGUACCCCUUUCCCUGAACCUGGAGUGAAGUGUUCAGGAGUGUAAACUUAUUUUUUUUUUUAAUAAAUUUUGUAAUGGUUGAAGUAA